CUAUCUCUGUCUCUCACUUCCUUUAAUUCAAACUUGUUUCUCUAUCUAGGCUGUCUUCAUUAUAAGACACUCUCUUUCUAGGUAGAUAGCUCUUCUGGGCAGUGUUUUUACCGCCUAGUCAGAAUGUUUCAAAAAAAAGCUGCCAGCUUUUAACACCAACCCAACCUGUGUAGCUCAAAAAACCAUCUUUUACCCCUUUCUUUAAUCCCCAUUGCAUAUUACAUAGUCACAAGGAGAGGUCUUUCAUGGAGUUCUUCCAGUUCCGAUGCCACUCAGAUUACAAAACAGAGUGUUAGUUUAGACCCUGAUUUACUUUGCUGCAAGAACACAAGCUUUCAACUUGCAAGUCCUCGUCUCUUUUCUUCAGCCAAUCUUCUAAGCUCAUCAAAUGCCGCGAUCAAGGGGCUCCGAAAUGGUUCAGAGGCCGUCUCCUCGAGGAGCACAUCAGCUCAGGACUUCAAGCUCUGAUUCAGAUCCACUCCAUCAUCGACCAAUCACUGACCGAAGUCCAAAGCUAGGAGAUCGUCGUUCCCCAAGAGGUACACAAUCUGAUCCACUAAAUCAAAAGAAGCUUGGAACCCGCCUUGCUGAUUUAGAAUCGCAACUUGGGCAAGCACAAGAAGAGCUAAGGAUUUUGAAAGAGCAGUUGGCUUCAGCUGAGGCUGCAAAGAAAGAAGCCCAAGAGAAACUGGAAAAGAAAAUUAAGAAACCAGUUGUGACUUCAGAGCCAGUGAAAAUCCAUGGAACGCAUCCGUCAUUGGAGAUCCAAGAUUCUAACAAAACAGACAGUUGUACCUCUGAGGAAGUUCCAGAUGACUGCCAAAGGGAAACUGAUGUUUUCGAAGUCCCUGUGGAACGCGUCACAGUUGAGCCCAAGGUUGAACCUAGUGAGACUGAUCAAGUGGAAGAAGAAACCAAACCAGUUGAUAUAUCAGCUGAUCCACCAUCAGUUAUGGAACCAGAGAAACUGUCCUUACAUGACCUGGCUUUGAAGAAUGAUGAGAUAAACAUGCUAAGAGCUGAGUUGGAAGAGAAGGCAAAUGAGCUAGAGGUGUUUGGUCAAGAAAAUGAGGGUUUGAAAAAUCAGCUGAAUGAGGCAGCUUUAAAUUUCUCAUCUGCACAAGCAAAGGACAAGGAAAUGACCUUGAAGUUAAGCCAGCUUGAACAAGAGCUGGAAGCAAGUAAGGCCAGUGCAGGCCAGUUGAAUGAGAAGCUGCAAGCAAUGGAAGGAGCAAAGGAAACAAUGGACGCUGAGAUGAAGAAGAUGAGAAUACAGACAGAGCAGUGGAGAAAGGCAGCAGAUGCUGCUGCAGCAGUACUUUCUGGGGGUAUGGAGAUGAAUGGGAGGAUUUCUGAGAGGUGUGGCUCCAUGGAUAAGCACUUUGGUGGAGUGUUUGAGCCACCAGCUGGUGGCUAUGCUGGCUUUGUUGGGUCACCCGCUGAUGAUUUGGAUGAUGGAUUUGGUAGUGGGAAACGAAAGGGUUCCGGGAUAAAAAUGUUUGGUGACUUGUGGAAAAAGAAGGGCCAGAGAUAGACCUUUUUGCAUCUCUUGCCUACACCCAUGCUUAACUUCAAAAAUAUGUUUCUGUUAACGUGUUUGAUGGUGGCAAAACAGUUCCUUACUGUUUCACAUUCGGUAGGCAGUGUGCUUCAGACUACCGUCUUAGCCAUUGUUUUUCUUAGCAUUUUCGAAGGCUUUGUAUAAUUGUUUGAAAUGAUCUUGACAUGUUUUAUUUCAGUUUAUGAGUAAGGUUUUAGUAACUCUUCGCUAAUAAAUGGGAUAUUUUAUUGUUGCCUUGCCU